AUGCGAUAUUGGGAAUCACAAGAAGAGGAAGAAAGGAAAGCACUCGAAGCUUGUGUGAAUUGUGGUGAGAAAGGUCACGAUAAGAAAUCAUGUCCACACGAAUUGUGUUUGGCAUGUGGUGCAUUGGAUCAACACUCUACACGAGAAUGUAGACAAGGUGUGAAUUGUUUUCGUUGUGGUGGGAGAGGGCAUAAGUCAGCAGAAUGCACGCAACCCAGAAGAACAUCUGGAGGAGGCGGAAGGAGGAACGGUUGGGCAAACGAAUGCAAAAAUUGUGGAAGUGUGAAUCAUGCAGAAACAGUUUGUCCAACUUUAUUCAGAAUAUAUUGGUAUAACGAUCAAGAGUCUCAUGAACAGGCAAGGCUCGAUAAAUGGAAAGAGUAUGGCGCUUCAAAAGCUCUUGGAAAGAGGAAGAUUACCUCAAAACGCAAAUAUAGAGACGAAUAUGAUUAUAGAAGCAGCAGCGAUUCAUCAUCAUCAUCAGAAGAAGAAGGAGAGGAUGAUAGGAUAUCCGGUUUGGUGAAGGAGGGUCCGCCAAACGAUUGGGAUCCUGCACAGAAAUGGUGUUAUAAUUGCGCAGGAAGAGGACAUUGGGGUGAUGACUGUCCGGUUCCACGAUGCAACCCUUUGCGAGCGACUGGAGAUCCAAGUAUUUAUUCGGAUCUACUGGCAAACAGCGGUCCUUUUGGCGGUCGAUAUGCGAAUAGCAGACGAGAAAUGCGCAGGCAGACUGAGGACCAAAAUUUAGUGUCUAUCGUAGAAGAUCAUAGCGGAAGCUUUGAUCGCGAUAGGCAUCACAAUCGAUUUGAUGCAUUAGACGAAAAUGACCUCUUCACCCGCCGUCCAAAGCCUGAAACUUCACAAAAAACAUAUGGAGGUCGAUUCAGCCGAAAGAACAGAGAUAGAAAGUCUGAUUUGCAAGAUCGAAUUUCAGACGCUCCAAGUUUACCAAGUAAAAAAUUUCGCAAAAGGGAGAAAAAAGCGAAUAAGAAGAUGAAACAAAAGAAAUAG